AUGGAACCAAAUGCCAAAGGAUUGGGGUUCGUGACCCUGCCAACAAUAUCCACUCCGAAAGAUAUUGUGUCCUUACUCGCCUCAGUCAUUGCCGCGAGACUACUCCUUCGCACUUUUUAUACUACAAUCCUAUAUCCUGAACUAUUCACACCGUUGAAACACAUCCCCACGCCAGCAGGUCGGUCCUUGGGCAAGGGAACUACAGCACCAUCCCAAAAAUCGCAUGCGGCACGCUUACGUUACUGGAGCAAGACGGUCCCAAAUAACGGCCUCAUCAGGUACUACUUGCCUGGCAACCAAGAGAGGGUGUUGGUGACCAGCCCCAAGGCAUUGGCAGAGAUCUUGGUCGCUCACCCCACCGAUUUCACCAAACCUAAAGCUACAAGAGAGCGACUUUGGUACAUCACUGGCAGGGGCCUCCUUUUAGCUGAAGGAGAGGAACACAAGAUACAGCGCAAGAGCCUUGUGCCCGCAUUCUCCUUCCGCCACGUCAAAGACCUGUACCCUGUAUUUUGGUCCAAAGCCCGAGAAUUGACAGAUAGCCUCGAGAAAGAAAUCAAAAAAGCGCCGGCAAAGGCGACUCGGGCGACUCUCGAUAUCAUUGGGGUCGCGGGCAUGAAUCAUGACUUUGACGCUCUCCACGAUCCCGACAACCUCCUCAACAGGCAAUAUAGGCGAUUGCGACAAGAACCAUCUUGGAUAGAAGUCCUCUGCAGCUUUGUAACCUCCCUGCUUUCGCCAAAGGAUGCAUCCAUCGUUUCGCAAUUGCCAACGAGCCGCAAAAGGGAGGUCAAAGAAGCGUCUGACUAUAUUAGGUCCGUCUGCCGGAGUAUCAUCCAAGAGAAGCGGGAGAAAUCAGAGUCAGAUCAGACCACGAGCGAGGUUGAUAUCAUCGCCGUCGCUUUGAAAAGCGGCGUCUUCACUGACGCAAACCUUGUUGACCAAAUGAUGACCUUUCUAGCCGCCGGGCACGGCACUACCUCACACGCUCUACAGUGGGCUGUUCAUGUCCUUUGUAAGCACGGGCAGAUCCAAACGCGCCUACGACAAGAGGUCCGCGACAACCUUCCAUCAAUCACGGAUUCCGAAUCCACUAUUUCUGCUACGGAGUUGGACAGACUUCCCUACCUUCACGCCUUCUGCAAUGAGCUCCUCCGCUUUUAUCCGCCAGUUCCGAUCACUGUGCGCGAGGCUCUCCACGACAUGACUGUAGCCGGCCAGCGGAUCCCCAAAGGGACAACCUUUACCAUUGCGCCUGGGGUGACAAAUCUGGACGAACAGCUCUGGGGUCCAGACGCAGGCAAGUUCGACCCGGAGCGCUGGAUGCAAAAGGGCUGCGCGAACACGGGCGGUGUGCAGAACCACCUCGGGUUUCUUACCUUUCUGCAUGGUCCACGUAGCUGUAUCGGGGCGACGUUCGCACGGUCAGAGUUGGCAUGUUUGGUGGCUGCGCUCGUCGGCAGAUUCCGCUUGGAAUUGGAGGAUCCCAAUAAAGAGGUAGAGCCCACACAGAGGGGGAUUGGGGCGGCCCCGGUGGAUGGGGUUCGGACGAGGCUGGAGGUUGUGGAUGGGUGGUAG